AAAAAGAGAGAGAGAGAGAAACAAACCAUAGGGGAAAGAACAGCAAUAAAGAGGUAUGGUGCAUGUGUAGUACUACAAUUUUAUGUGUGUAGCCAAGAAAGCUUACUGAGCUGCCUUUUGAGCUUCAAAAGAUUCUACAAUCAUUUGGAUAAAGCCGCCCAUAUAGUGGACUAAAUGAAUGGUUGGUACACAAUAAAAUGUAAUAAAUUCAAACUGACAUUAUUUCUAUUGCGAAGAAAGUGCCUGAGAUGAUUCUUGGUAGCUGGAUGUUAUUUUCCCCUUUCCUUAGGGCCCUGAGGUGAGCAUGCAUGAUUUCAGUCUCUUGCUGGAGCUCCUCACUGACUCAUUCCAGAACUUGAGCCUCAAAUCUCACCACUGCUUCAGGUCUAGCUGAAGUGCCACUUCCUAGGACAUACUUUCUUCCUAUUCAUUAUUUUCUCUCAUAGUCACGUCCUUAAGAGUCAUUGCUGAUCCUCUUUCAUGUAGACGCCACCUUCGAGUCUUGAGUUCUGUCACUAAAUGGACAGAAUGGAGUCCGUCGGCAAAUGACAAGAUCAUACUAAAUGAUCAACUUUUUUGGCUCUAAAACUUGUGACUCUAAAAGCAAAAUCUACAUUCCCGCUCCCUUUUCAUAGAUCAUUCAAUAAUCCCAAAGGCAGCGGGUGCCAUCGAUCCAAAGCUUCCGCAGAAGCCCAAGCCAUACACUGGCCCAGUCCAGUCAACUUCCCGGAGGAACUGCAUGCUCUGGAAUAUCCACCUCACAAGCGAAACGCCUGACCUUUCCUGGAACGCCCGCCCUCCCGGCACUUCCGGUCCGUCUCCAGAUCUUCUUCCGGGACACUGCUCUCAUUUGAUCCCGCCCUUCACCCUUCCUUAGAGUCCAUUGGCUUUUUCUUUGAGGAAGCAGAGGAUUUUCCGGCGUUGAUUGGUUUCUGUCAUUGUGGACGGUUAGUUACAAACAAGGCGUGCCUGGUCUCCCUGGUAACGCUCUACUCACGGCCCCGAUUGGUUGAUAUCCUAAUCCCGUCUUCCGUCCCAACAGCGAGUGGUUGAGUCCCUGGAGGGGAGCGGCGGUGGUAGGUGUCGUGUAUGGGGUUCCUGAGCUGACGUGGCUCAGAUUGGGAGAGGGGCAAUUCGUGCUUCCCGCGGCUGCGGCUUGCAGCCAUCUAGUGCUAUCUUCCUAUUAGUUAUUCAACCUGAUUCGAAAAUUAAGAAAUUAAGGAAAACUGCUGAGGUCCAACUAAGUAUACAUGAAAUGACUUUGAGGAGUGACCUCACUGGAAUGGAAAUCUCACCAUCUUCUUAGUUGUUGCUGUGGGAAUGUGAUUUAAGUUCCAGAAAAUGCUUAGCCGAUUAUCAGGAUUAGCAAAUGUUGUUUUGCAUGAAUUAUCAGGAGAUGACACUGAUCAAAGUAUGACAGAUCCCUUAAGCCCUGAAUUAGCCCAGGGAUCAGACAUGGAACUUCAUAAUACAACGCAAGAGGAUGUUGCGGAGCGCCUGGCUUAUACAGAGAAGUUGGUGGUGGAACUAAAAGAUAUUAUUAGACAGAAGGAUGUUGAGCUACAGCAAAAAGAUGAAGUUUUACAGGAAGAAAGAAAAGCUGCUGAUAACAAAAUAAAAAAAAUAAAACUUCAUGCAAAGGCCAAAUUAACUUCUUUGAAUAAACACAUUGAAGAAAUGAAGGCUCAAGGAGGGACUGCUCUGCCUACAGAACCUGAAUCGGAGGAGUCAUUCUCCAAGCAUGGCAAGAGUUUUACAGAAGAAGAAUUGGAAGUAGAAAAGAUAAAACAUGAGCUCCAGGAGAAGGAGAAACUAAUUAGCAGUUUGCAAGCCCAGCUUACCCAGGCUCAGGCAGAACAAGCUGCACAGUUUGAUAAGAGUUCUGCAGAGAUGGAAGAGUUUGUAAUGAUGAAGCAACAGCUCCAGGAGAAGGAGGAGCUCAUUAGCACUCUGCAAUCCCAGCUCAGCCAAACACAGGCAGAGCAAGCUGCACAGUUGAGUUCCAUGCAGCAGGUGGUCCGGGAGAAAGAUGCCCGCUUUGAGACACAAGUUCGUCUUCAUGAAGAUGAGCUUCUUCAGUUAGUAACCCAGGCAGAUGUGGAAACAGAGAUGCAACAGAAACUGAGGGUGCUGCAGAGGAAGCUUGAAGAACAUGAAGAGGCCUUGUUAGGCCGUGCUCAGGUGGUAGACUUGCUGCAGCAGGAGCUGACUGCUGCUGAACAGAGAAACCAGAGUCUCUCUCAGCAGCUACAGCAGAUGGAAGUUGAGCAUAAUACUUUAAAGAAUACUAUAGAAAUGGAAAGACAGGAAUCUAAGACACUGAUAGAAAAGAUGGAACUUGACGUAGCAGAAAGAAAAUUAUCCUUCCAUAACCUUCAGGAAGAGAUGAAUCACCUUUUGGGACAGUUUGAGCAAGCACGCCAAGCACAGGCUGAGCUGGAGACUCGAUACAGUGCUUUGGAGCAGAAGCACAAAUCAGAAAUGGAAGAGAAGACCUGUCACAUUUUGAGUCUCCAGAAGGCUGAACAAGAGCUGCAGUCUGCCUGUGAUGCUCUUAAGGAUGAAAAUGCAAGACUUCUCCAAGAUAAGAAUGAACAGGCAGUUCAGUCAGCCCAAGCCAUUCAACAGCUGGAAGAUCAACUCCAGCAAAAAUCCAGAGAAAUUAGCCAAUUUCUAAAUAAACCAGCCUUGCAAAAAUAUGAAAUAGCAUCUCAGACUUCUCUCCCAGAUGUUUGUAAUGAGGGCAUACAGGCAGUCACUGAGGAGAAUAUUGCCUCUUUGCAGAAGAGAGUAGUAGAGCCAGAGAUUGAAAAAGGAACUUUCCUCCUUAGUUCUGUAGAGUUGGAGAGACUGAGAGCUGUGAAUGAAAAGCUGUCUUCUCAGAUGACUUUCCUAGACGCUCCAAGUAGAACUCAGGAGGCAGAGAAUGAAGUCCAUGAGGUUGGUGUGGUUGAUAUUACUGAGCUCAGCAAGAGCAGCCCUCCUACUGAGGAAAGUGCACAAGAUGUCCCAGAGAACACAUUUUCUCAGAAACAUAAAGAAUUAUCAGUUUUAUUGGUGGAAAUGAAAGAAGCUCAAGAGGAAAUUGCUUUUCUUAAGUCGCAGCUCCAGGGCAAAAGGGCUGCAGGAGAUCAUGAGGUUCUUGACCAGAAAGAAAUGAAACAGACAGAGAAUGAGGGAGUACCACCAAUGAGCACACAAGUAUUGCGUGAAGGUACAGCACAAGAUUUUCCCCUAAUGCCAAAUCAAGAGAGCAGUGCUGUGGUAGUUGAAAAAGAGGAACAGGAGGGCGUUACACAUCAAAAUAGCUCAUCUGAGGAAACGGCCUUACAUGGCACUGGAAUGGAAUCAAAAUCAACAGAGCAGGAUGACGUCGAUAAAUCCUCUUCUGCUGCAGUGGAUGUUCGUCAGAGUCACCAGGAUGAGUUAGAAAGGCUAAAAAGUCAAAUUUUGGAGCUUGAGACAAGCUUUCAUAAAGCAGAAGAAACCUAUGGGAAAAAUUUAGAUGAGAAAGCUCAGGAAAUUAGCAACCUGGCCCAGCUGAUGGAGCAGUAUAAGAAGAAUGCCGAAGACACCAGCAGUGCAUUCACUGCUUUGUCCGAAGAAAGAGACCAGCUUCUUUCUCAGGUGAAAGAACUCAGUGCCUUAACAGAACUCAGGGCUCAGGUAACACAACUGGAAACCAACCUUGAGGAGACAGAGAGGCAAAGAAGAUUGGACUAUGAAAGCCACACGACUCAGCACAACUUGCUCACUGAACAGAUCCACAGCCUCAAUGUAGAAGCCAAGUCUAAAGACGUAAAAAUUGAAGCUCUCCAGAAGGAACUGGACGACGUGCAGCUUCAGUUCUCGGAGCAGAGCACCCUGAUAAAAAGCCUGCAAGGCCAGCUGCAGAAGAAGGAGAAGGAAGUGCUCGAGGGGGCAGAGCAUGUGCAGGGCAUCUCAGAGAAGAUGGAAGAACUUUCACAAACCCUUGCACAGAAGGACCUUGAAAUUGCAAAAAUGGAACAGCUCUUACUAGAGAAAAAAAGAGAUGUAGAAACCCUCCAACAGGCUAUCCAGGAGAAGGACCAGCAAGUGACAGAAAUCAGCUUCAGUAUGACAGAGAAAAUGGUUCAGCUUAAUGAGGAGAAGUUUUCUCUUGGUGUUGAAAUCAAGACUCUUAAAGAGCAGCUAAAUUUACUAUCCAGAGCUGAAGAAGCUAAAAAGGAGCAAGUGGAGGAAGAUAAUGAAGUUAUUUCAGGCCUUAAACAUAAUUAUGAGGAGUCGAGCCCAGCAGGACUAAUAAGUAAAGAUGAACUUCAGCGUGAAUUAGACCGUCUGAAGAAAGAAAGUGAACAGAGAAAGAGAAAGCUCCAGGCGGCUCUUAUUAACAGAAAGGAACUUCUACAAAGAGUCAGUACCUUAGAAGAGGAAUUAGCCAGAGUGAGAAAUGAAUCUAGGAAAGAGAUUGCACUCAGUGAGAGUGAGAAGAAGGAAAUGGAGGAUAAUAAAGAGAACAAAGAUGACUCAGAAACAUGUGUGACUUCUAAGUGCCAAGAAAUAGAAACUUCCUUGAAACAGACAAUAUCUGAAAAAGAAGUGGAACUAGAGAAGGUAAGGAAGGAUUUGGAAGAAAAGAUAGCAGCAGAAGAGCAGUUACAGGCAGUGGUCCAACAGAUGAAUCAGAGCUUGCAAGCUAAGACAAACCAGAUAGAAGUGUUGCAAGCAGAAAUCAUCGAAAACCAAGCAGUUAUCCAGAGGUUAGCCACAAGUACCAAGGACGUGGGUGAUGGCGACUCAGCAGCGUUGAUUAAAGAACCACCAGUAAGCAGUGCCCCUGGGGCAGGGAGUGGUGAACACUGGAAACCAGAAAUGGAGGAAAAGAUAUCAGACCUUGAAAAAGAGAAGGAACAACUUCAGAAGAAGCUUCAAGAAGCUCUAAAUUCCCGUAAGGUGAUUCUAAAAAAGGCCCAGGAGAAAGAAAGACAUCUUCGGGAAGAGCUAAAACAACAGAAAGAUGACUAUAAUCACUUGCAAGAACAGUUUGAUGAGCAAAGCAAAGCAAAUGAGAACAUUGGAGACCAGCUAAGACAACUCCAGACUCAAGUAAGAGAGGCCAUAGACAGAAAACUCCCAGACACUGACCACCUGGAACCGGGCUCUCCCACCCAAGGAUUGGGAGAACCUUUACUCCAAGCCACAGAGCAGCAUCCCACUCACUCUGUUUUAAAUUCUGACUCCUGCCCAGGCUGGCUGUCUCAACCUGGAAUUGCAAAUACCCCACAAGGCAGUAUUUCUGUUAUUGUUGAGAUCAAGGCCCAGCUGAAAGAAAUAGAAGCUGAGAAAGAGAAGUUGGCAUGGAAAGUUAGUUCAACAGCAAGUGAGCUUAUUAAAAAGUCAGAAGAAGUAUUUCAGUUACAACAGCACAUAAACGACCAGGGUUUAGAAAUCCAGAGUCUGAAGGCAGCAUCCCAUGAAGCUGAAGCCCAUGCAGAAAGCCUGAAGCAGAAACUGGAAAGCAGUCGGCUAGAAAUUCUUGGCCUAGAACACCUCAGAGCAUUACAGCCUGAACUAGAUGAACUGCAAACACUCCUAAGCCGAAGGGAAGAAGAAGUGAGGCACCUUUCUGAACAACUUAGCGAGAAAGAAGAAACCCUUACUAAAGUACGGACAGAGAUAGCAGAACAAGAGGAUUUAAUUAAGGUUCUGCAUACGCAGCUGGAAAUGCAAGCCAAAGAGCAUGAUGAGAGGAUAAAGCAGUUACGGGUGGAACUGUGUGAAAUGAAGCGGAAACCAGAAGAGACUGCAGAAGAAAGCAGAGCAAAGCAACAGGUACAGCGGAAACUGCAAGCUGCUCUUAUUUCUCGAAAAGAAGCACUCAAAGAAAACAAAAGUCUCCAAGAGGAGCUGUCUUCAGCCAGAGAUACCAUUGAACACCUCACCAAGUCUCUGGCAAAUGUGGAAAACCAAGUUUCUGUUCAAAAUAAAGAAAAAGAUAGCUUCUUAGGAAGAUUAGCACUUCUUCAAGAAGAAAGAGACAAACUCAUUGCAGAAGUGGACAGGUCUUUACUGGAAAAUCAGAGUCUCACUAGCUCUUGUGAAAGUCUGAAACUAGCUCUAGAGGGUCUUACUGAAGAUAAGGAAAACUUAGUGAAGGAAAUUGAAUCUUUGAGAUGUUCUAAGAUUGCAGAAAGCUCCCAGUGGCAAGAGAAACACAAGGAAUUGCAAAAAGAGUAUGAAGUCCUCCUGCAGUCCUAUGAGAAUGUCAGUGAUGAAGCAGAAAGAAUUCAGCACGUGGUGGAAACAGUGAGGCAAGAGAAGCAAGAAUUGUAUGGCAAGUUAAAAAAUACAGAGGCAAACAAGAAAGAGACAGAAAAGCAGUUGCAGGAAGCUGAACAGGAGAUGGAGGAAAUGAAAGAAAAGAUGAGAAAGUUUGCUAAAUCUAAGCAACAGAAAAUCCUAGAGCUGGAAGAGGAGAAUGACCGCCUUAGAGCGGAGGCACACCCUGCAGGAGGAACAACCAAAGAAUGCAUGGAAGAACUUCUUUCUUCCAAUUCCAGCAUGAAGGAGGAACUAGAAAGGGUCAAGACGGAGUACAAAACCCUUUCUAAGGAGUUCGAGGCUUUAAUGGCCGAGAAAGACAUUCUAAAUGGAGAAGUUCAAGAUUUGAAGCAUCAGGUAGAAGAUAAUGUCUCUAAGCAGGCCAGUCUAGAAGCCUCAGAGAAACCUGAUAACAAGAGAGAAGUCAUUGAAAAGGCAACACAGCCUGCACCAGGUGAGGUUCAAGUGCAAGACUCUCCAAGUGUGAGCACAAAGCCUGAAGAUGGCGAAGCUGUUGUAUCAGAGAACAAUGCUAAGCCUGACCUGAAUGAAAAUUUCAGCUCACAUGAUGAAAUCAAUAACUGCCUGCAGCAGCUCGAUCAGCUUAAAGACAAAGUUGCUGAAUUAGAAGAGGAGAAGCAGAAAGACAAAGAAUUGAGCCAGAUUUUGGAAAAUGAGAAAAAUGCCUUACUGAGUCAAAUAUCAACAAAGGAUCAUGAACUAAAGGUGCUUCAGGAAGAAGUAAGCAAAAUGAACCUGUUAAAUCAGCAAAUCCAAGAAGAACUCUCCAGAGUUACCAAACUAAAGGAAACAGCAGAAGAGGAGAAAGAUGAUUUAGAAGAGAGGCUUAUGAAUCAAUUAGCGGAACUUAAUGGAAGCAUUGGGAAUUAUUACCAGGAUGUGACAGAUGCCCAAAUAAAAAAUGAGCUACUGGAAUCUGAAAUGCAAAAUCUUAAAAAGUGUGUGAGUGAACUGGAAGAAGAAAAGCAGCAGUUAGUCAAGGAAAAAACUAAGGUGGAAUCAGAAAUACGAAAGGAAUAUUUGGAGAAAAUACAAGGUGCUCAGAAAGUACCUAGCAAUAAGAGCCAUGCAAAGGAACUUCAGGAGCUGUUAAAAGAAAAACAGCAGGAGGUAAAGCAGCUACAAAAGGACUGCAUCAGGUAUCAGGAAAAGAUUAGUGCUCUAGAGAAAACUGUUAAGGCUCUCGAAUUUGUUCAGACCGAAUCUCAGAAGGAUUUAGAAGUAACCAAAGAAAAUCUGACUCAAGCAGUGGAACACCGCAAAAAGGCAGAAGCAGAGUUAGCUAGCUUCAAAGUCCUGCUAGAUGAUACUCAGAGUGAAGCAGCAAGAGUGCUGGCCGACAAUCUCAAGUUGAAAAAGGAACUUCAGUCAAAUAAAGAAUCAGUUAAAAGCCAAAUGAAACAAAAGGAUGAAGAUCUUGAGCGGAGACUGGAGCAAGCAGAAGAGAAACACCUGAAAGAGAAGAAGAACAUGCAAGAGAAACUGGAUGCUUUGCAUGGAGAUAAAAUCCACUUGGAAGAGAUAAUUGAAGAAAUUCAGGUCACUCUGAUCAAGAAGGACAAUGAAGUGAAGCACCUGAAGGAAAACUUAGACAGUACCGUGGCUCAGCUUGCCGCUUUCAUGAAGAGCAUGUCUUCCCUGCAGGAUGAUCGGGACAGGGUAAUAGAUGAAGCCAAGAAAUGGGAGAGGAAGUUCAGUGAUGCCAUUCAGGCCAAAGAAGAAGAGAUUAGACUCAAAGAAGAGAACUGCAGUGUUCUAAAGGAUCAGCUUAGACAGACAUCCAUCCAUAUGGAAGAAUUGAAGAUCAACAUUUCCAGACUUGAACAUGACAAGCAGACUUGGGAGUCCAAGGCCCAGACAGAGAUCCAGCAUCAACAGAAAGUCUGCUAUUCUGUACAGGGGGAAAACAAAGAACUUUUGUCUCAGCUAGAAGAAACUCGACACCUGUACCAUAAUUCUCAGAAUGAAUUGGCUAAGUUGGAAUCAGAACUUAAGAGUCUCAGAGACCAAUCAUCUAAUUUAAAUAACUCUUUAGAAGAAUGUAAGCAAGAAAAAGAAAAUUUGGUAGGGAUAAUAAAGCAGCAGGAAGCUGAUAUCCAGAAUUGUAAGUUCAGUUAUGAGCAACUAGAGACUGAUCUUCAGGCCUCUAGAGAACUGACCAGUAGGUUACAUGAAGAAAUAAAUAUGAAAGAGCAGAAGAUUAUAAGCCUGCUCUCUAGUAAGGAAGAGGCAAUCCAAGUAGCUGUAGCUGAACUACAUCAGCAACAUAAUAAAGAAAUUAAAGAACUAGAAAACCUACUGUCCCAAGAGGAGAAUAUUGUCUUAGAAAAAGAAAAUAAAAAAGCCGGUCACAAAACCAGUCAGCUUAUGGAAACACUGAAAACCAUCAAAAAGGAAAACAUUCAGCAGAAGGCUCAGUUGGAUUCUUUUGUUAAAUCCAUGUCUUCUCUCCAGAAUGACCGAGACCGCAUAGUAAGUGACUAUCAACAGCUGGAAGAGCGACACCUGUCUAUAAUAUUGGAAAAAGACCAACUCAUCCAAGAUGCUGCCACUGAGAAUAAUAAGCUCAAGGAAGAAAUUCGAGGCUUGAGAAGUCGUAUGGAUGAUCUCAAUUCUGAGAAUGCUAAGCUGGAUGCAGAACUGAUCCAAUAUAGGGAAGACCUGAACCAGGUGAUAUCAAUAAAAGACUCUCAGCAAAAGCAACUCCUUGAAGCCCAACUGCAGCAAAAUAAGGAGCUGAAAAAUGAAUGUGCUAAAUUAGAAGAAAAGCUGAAGGAGUCUGAGCAAGCAAAAGAGGAUCUAAAGAGGUCCUCUGUUGCCCUGCAAGAGGAGAAACAAGGUUUAUCUAAGGAGAUUGAGAACUUGAAAGUAUCGAUAGCCCAACUAAAGGGCCAAAUGACAGCCUUACAAGAAGAGGGUACUUUAGGUAUUUAUCACGCCCAGUUAAAAGUAAAAGAAGAAGAGGUUCAGAGGUUAAGUACAGCACUUUCCUCCUCUCAGAAGAGAAUUGCAGAACUAGAAAAGGAAUUGGUUUAUGUUCAGAAGGAAGCUACAAGGAAGGUAGGUGAGAUUGAAGAUAAACUGAAGAAGGAAUUAAAGCAUCUUCAUCAUGAUGCAGGGAUAAUGCGAAAUGAAACCGAAACAGCGGAAGAGAGGGUGGCAGAGCUGGCGAGAGAUCUGGUGGAGAUGGAACAGAAAUUACUCGCGGUCACCAAAGAAAAUAAAGAUCUUACCGCACAAAUUCAGUCUUUUGGAAGGUCUAUGAGUUCCUUGCAGGAUAGUAGGGAUCAUGCCAAUGAGGAGCUUGAUGAACUGAGAAGGAAAUACCAUGCCAGUCUGAAGGAGCUGGCCCAGCUGAGAGAACAGAAGGGGCCCGGAAACAGAGACAGCAGUGUUCUUGCACAAGCCACCUUUGCAGUGAACACCUCUGAGGACCCCAGCUUGUCCCGCCUUGAGAAACUGAACCAGCAGCUCAUAUCCAAAGAUGAGCAACUGCUGCACUUGUCUGCACAAUUAGAAGAUUCUUACAACCAAGUGCAGUCCUUUUCCAAGGCUAUGGGCAGUCUACAGAAUGAGAGAGAUCACCUGUGGAAUGAGCUGGAGAAAUUCCGAAAGUUAGAAGAGGGAAAGCAGAGAUCUGCCGCCCAGCCAGCCUCCAGCCCAGCCGAAGUACAGAGUUUGAAGAAAGCAAUGUCUUCACUCCAGAAUGACAGGGACCGACUACUGAAGGAACUGAAGAAUCUGCAGCAGCAAUAUUUACAGAUUAAUCAAGAGGUCACGGAGUUACGUCCUCUGAAGGCUGAACUUCAGGAGUAUCAAGAUAAGACAAAAACGUUUCAGAUUGUGCAAGAAGAACUCAGGCAAGAAAACCUCUCCUGGCAACAUGAGCUACAUCAGCUCAGGAUGGAGAAGAGUUCCUGGGAAGUGCACGAGAGGAGAAUGAAAGAACAGUACCUUAUGGCUAUCUCAGAUAAAGAUCAGCAGCUCAGCCACCUGCAGAAUCUUAUGAGGGAAUUGAGGUCUUCCUCCUCCCAGCCUCAGCCCUUCAAAGCACAGUACCAAAGACAGGCAUCCCCAGAGACAUCAGUUUCUGUAGAUGGAUCAGAAAACCUAAUUUAUGAGACAGAACUUCUCAGGACCCAGCUCAAUGAGAGCCUAAAGGAAAUUCACCAAAAGGAACUAAGAAUUCAGCAACUGAACAGUAAGUUCUCUCAGCUGCUGGAAGAGAAAAAUACCCUCUCUAUUCAGCUCAGUGAUACCAGCCAGAGUCUUCGUGAAAGCCAGCAGCACUCCAGCGACCUCUUCAAUCACUGCGCAGUCUUGGAGAAGCAGGUUCAAGAGCUGCAGGUGGGGCCACUAAACGUAGAUGUUGCUCCCGGAGCCCCCCAGGAAAAGAAUGGAGUUCACAGAAAGAGUGAUCCUGAGGAGACGAGGGAGCCACAGCGAAGUUUCUCUGGAGCCCAGCAGCAGCUGUGCAACACUAAACAGGAAGUGGCUGAGUUAAGGAAGCUGCUGGAAGAAGAACGAGACCAAAGAAUAGCUGCUGAGAAUGCCCUGUCCUUGGCUGAGGAGCAGAUUAGGCGGUUGGAGCAUGGCGAGUGGGACUCUGCCCGGGCGCCUAUCAUUGGCUCCUGCGGCACUCAGGAGCAGUCACUGUUAAUAGACCUGACAGGCAGCAGCUGUCGCAGGACCCGGAGUGGUGCUGGAUGGAAGAGGGUCCUGAGGUCACUCUGUCAUUCCCGGACCCGAGUGCCACUGCUGGCCACCAUCUACUUUCUGAUGGUUCACGUCCUGCUCAUUCUGUGUUUUACAGGCCAUCUGUAAACGUAGUUUUCACUUUUUGGACUCUACCCCCCUUGAACUCGGAAUUCCCCCUCUCUAACAUCAGAACUGUCGAUUCCAGCGGAACAGUCUUCCCAUUUACAGGUCAUGUCUCCCGCUCUCCACAGAAAGUGCCUGCAGAAACAGAGGUGGCUAUGAGGGUAAUUGGAGCUGCAGAGCCUGGCGUGUCUGCUUUCCUCUGCUGCCCAGGGCCCAUACAGGUCUGCGUGUUCCAAGAAGCAUCAUGGCUUGUUGAGCCCAGUUUUUGUUCUGAUUUUGCUAGUCUCUUUGGUCCUAUAAGAUACUGAGACGUGUCUUUCAGCCAUGCCAGUAGGAUGAUUCCAAUAAACCUAAUAAUCUGAAGCCCCUUACCAUUUUGAUUGAUAAGUUUCUUUGCCUCAUUUGCCUUGGUUUUCUCCUGCUUCAGAGGGAGGAUGAACAUGAAUACCACUUCGUAGGACAGGUGAUUAGGUCUUUGUAGUGUAGAAUGGGAGUGAAAGAACUUCUCCAGGUUUUUAGCUGUUGCAUCAGAGGGGAGAACAACAUCUUCUGUAACUGUCCUGACACCACUGGAGCGAGUUUGUGGUGCUGGGCUUUAAGGACAGGACUCCUCCAUAGCUUAUGCUGUUGAUUGCAUAUGAAGUAAGGUAUAAGUAACCCAUGCCUUUCCUCUGAAAGGCAGGAAGAACUGGCUUUGGACAACAAGGUUCAGAUUCUUACCAUUCCUGUUGUCUGGAUAUACCUCAAAUGUAGCACAGUGCCAGGGGCCUGCCGACUCAAGUCCAAGGUGAAGUGUUGACUCCAGCCAGGAGUGGGGCUGGUCUGAUGACCACACUGCAACCUCUGGCCUGAAGUACUAAGGCCCUGUGCUGCUGGCAGCAGUGACUCCAGUUUCUCAGCCCGGUGGUCAUGCCCUCUGCUACUGAGGAAAUGGAAGGAGCUUGGAAAGACAACGUACUGCAGUCCACACCUGAGAACACCAGCCAGGAGUGAACUCCAUCUGUGCCUGUUCUUCGCCUGCUCUCCCCUCCACCCCGCUCCUCCCAGGUGGUUGUUUUCUCAUUACCUACAUGAUGCACUCCCUGCCUGUUCUUCCUGCCCAGGGAGAAGACUAGGGCUCACUGGUCUAUCAGUCUUGUUCUGUAGGGACUACACUUUGGUCACAGCAUUCCUAGAACUUUCCUGAACAACUGUAAGUUAAUAAAAUUAUUUUCAGAAUGA